AUGGCAUUAGAGGUACUGGAGCAAGUUGGCACAAACUGGCUCACGAACGAGGAUACUACUUACCUACAUUUCCAAUACGACGUGAGCUUCUAUGCGGUGAUUCCGAAUCCAGACCACUCCGUACCUGACUCUCACUCGGCAAUCCGUACGGGAUCUACAAGUUCUGCCUUGGUACUCCCAAGAAGAAAUUGCACCUUCGGUCGAGCCGGCCCCGUGUCCAUCCUCGGCGAGUUCUCUAGUGAUAUAACUUGCCAGCCUUACCUGACUACCGAGUUGUGUUUAGUUCAAUUUGAAUUAGACUUUUCUAGAAAAAGCUGUGACCUGUUGGUCCUCGCUGCCAAGUUCUCAAUACGAGGCGCCCUGCACUUCUCGAAUGACUCUGCUUUUGAGCUACAAGAUCUAGUAGCAAGAUGCAACUCCAUCAUGAAGCUUCAGGUCAACAAGUCUUCUAAGCCGUUUGAGGCAAGUUUCUGUUACGUGACUUUCCCCAGGAUCAGAAUCGUGCAAGUGUACCAAAACCAUGGUCUUGGAGGCGAAUUUUUCGGAGCAAUGACUGCUAGAUUUUCACACUUUCCUUCUCUUGUAAAUCUCGUCACUAUGCGCUUCUUACUUUCGACUACCAUCUUUGGCCUCCUUCUCUUCUUGAGUGGCUUUGUCCACAGCGCUGCAACGGACAUUGAUGCACUGUCGCUAGCAGAGCGUUCAGGUACCUCUGAACUCGUCCGUCGCGGAUGGAAGUUCAAGAGCAUCUUUAAAGGCAAGAGCAGCAAAGGUUCUAGCUCAGCCCAGCCAGAACAAGAAGUCGAGUCCGAAUCAGACAAUGAAGAGCAAACGGCUGCAGCCGAUCUAAGCGACGCCGAAGAUGGCCGUGUGCCUGAUAUCACAAAGAGAGGCUACAUCUUCCAAGCCCACCGCCGUUCGGACUCUGUGAGGGUCGAUGUCGGCGUCAUGAUUCCUUCGCCCCAGGACUGGAAGCCCGACAUAUUCUGGAGCGUGGAUGACAUGGCUGUGUAUCCAAGCGAGAACGAAAUCAGAGUGUUCAACGCGAUCAACGAAGCCGACCCCACGCCGGAGCCGCGCAAAUGUCGUUUCCGGACCAUCAUGAUGGCCACUUGGAAGGAAUACUCGAACAAAUACGUCUCGGAGCUCGAAUAUGUUAGCUUUGCCAGCAUCACGAACGAAGACGCACUAGAGUCGAUCAAGCAGGCAUACUUGUGGAUGGAUAGAAGCCAGGAUGCGGGCGAACCAAAUGAACUCCAGAUCGACAAGACUGAGGAGGGAACCGAUGAGCGGAAGGCAUUCAACUGGCUCGUGAACCAGAAUCCGCUUGGCCGCGCUGUUCGAGGCAUUCCGUCAACCUUCACCGCGAUGGAGGAUAAGGAAAUUGACCGCGUGGAUCUCUGGACCAACUUGACUCAGCUCAGGGUAUGCAAUCUCACCGACUUCUUUCUGAAUUAUUCGUUGGACGACCUUCUCGAUCCGACGGAUUUCCAGCUUCGUCAACCUUCGAUUUUCAUCCACUCCGACAAAUCCUUCAGGCCGUUUCUUAUCAGCCCUGCAUCCCAACACCCCAAUUAUCACGAACAUCCAAAACAUUUAGCAUAUACUUUUUGUCUCAUUCACUCCGAAAUACUUUGGACGUCGCUCUUCAUUGUUGGCUGGCCUGAGCUAUGCUUAUAUUGGUUGGCUCGCAUUGGACCCCUGUCGCCCCGCAGACGCACCAUGAAGGAACAUCCGAAUUAUUAUCUCCAGACGCCAGAAUUCCUUCUUCUCCGCACACACGCCUGCCGUCGCCGAUGUGUGGCUUGCCCCGUUAUCGCUUCGACGGAGAGGCUGGCCAAGUGGGGUCGUGGCCUUAGAGUGUCCAUUUCAUCGAUCGGUACACAGAUACGCAAAGUGAAGUGUGACGAGACCAAGCCAACCUGCAAUCGCUGCGCAGCCACCGGCCGCCAGUGUGAUGGCUACAGUCCGGCGCCCUCGUCAACAAACAAAUCCCAACUUCGCCGCUACCGACCGCACCAUGUCUUUCCGGGAGCAGACGGGGUCGGGGAGGGCAGAGCCUUGCAGUUUUUCUGCGAGGUAGCCGGUCCUUACAUGUCGGGUGCCGUGGACCCUCAUUUCUGGCCUAAACUGGUAAUGCAGUUCACCAGCUUCGAGCCUGCCGCGCGCCACUCUGUCAUUGCCAUCAGUACCCUCUGUGAACGUCUACAAUUCCAGGAGGACAUGGAUGAAGAGAUCCUCUUGAAGGACGAUCUUUACGCCUUGCAACAUUAUAACACAGCUAUCCAUGACCUCAGGACUAUGACCUCCCCUGAGCGAAGUCCUGUCAUACUGCUGGUGUGUCUGCUGUUUAUCACUAUUGAAUUCCUACAAGUCAACCGUGAAGAGACGGUAAAGCACUUGAAACACGGAUUCCAGCUUCUGAAAAGCACAAUCAGGGACUAUGCCUGGACUAAGGAACACUUGCUGCCUCUGUUUCGACGAUUGAGCAUCUACGCUUUCCUGCACGCGACCGAUCCUAGAGACUUUCCCAAUCUGGAAGGUCUCGAGCAUCCGAUUCCCAGCAGCUUUUCAACAUUUUAUGACGCCCAAAGAAUGGUUGACGACAUAUUCAGCCGCACCAUGCGGUUGGUGCGGCAUGGCGACCCUUAUAGAAUAUACCCGGAAGAACACCAAAUUGUGCCGCCUGACCUACUCGAUGAGCAAGCCAGUCUUGCGUCAUCACUAGAUCAGUGGAAGAUACUGUUUGAUGCAUUUGAAGCCCGGCCCGCAUCACCACCGAGCGAGCCUGUUCCCGGGCAAGAGACUCUAACAACGGCGUUACGAUACGUCAUUGUGUCACGAUAUGAGUGUUGCAGAAUAUGGCUGAACACGGCGUUUGGUGACAAAGAAUACGACUACGACAGUCACUUGGCUGUAUUCAAAGCGAUGUCCACAGAAGCAGGGAUAGUAGAUCCGGAGGUCCUUGCGACUUUUGAAGGGUCUCCUUAUUUCACAUUCGACACCGGCUACCUUCCUUCAAUCUCACUAAUUGCAACGAGAUGCCUCCCAAGAGAGAAUAUGUGUCUGCUAGCCCAGGCCGGAGAUUGUCUGUGCGAAGCGUUACCAGCAUCUUUACGGGACCUUAGUCGACUGGAGAUUGCGGAGUCCAGUAAUACUUGA